UCACAUGUUAGGUGGGUCAGUGAUGCAAAUGGAGAUGCGUGGCAGCCGUUCCAGACGCAGGUUCGCUCGCAGACUUUGCAGGCAUACCUGAGCAGCAGCAGCAGCAGCAGCAGCAGCAGCAGCAGGAGGAGGAGGAGGAGGAGGAGGAGGAGGAGGAGGAGGGCGGCCGUGUGCUCCUUAUCACGCUCCACAUUUAAAGGAGCUGCUCUCCAGCUCCCUUGGUUACGGCAGAAUCCCCGAGCGCUCGUCUCACCUAGCCGAGCCGAGCCCAGCCCAGCCUCCAGCGGACCUGCGGGAUUCGGACGCUGCUGCAGUCAGGGGCGGGAUGCUUUUCCCAAGCGGCGCGCUGGACUCGCUGGGCUCCUCCCGGGUCCUGCCCGACGCCGAUGACUCGGCCGUGGGCCUGCUCUCCCUCAGCCUGCCCGGGGUGGACGGAUCCCCGAGCAUCGCCAGCGCAGAGACCGCAGCUCAGACCGGCGCCCCUUCCAUAUUGGGCCUUCCGGGCAGCUCUUUGUGUAAUAUCCUGGGGAAACCGCUGAGUUUUCCCUCCCACGCACCUGUGAGCGCUGCGGACUUCCAGGACAGGUUUCCUGGCAUGUCCCGCCUCAACAUGCGGCUGGACUCCCGCUCCUUGCUGGACUCGCGGUCGAGCAGCCCCGUAGACUCCGAGACCAGCGGACUGAGCUCCGGCUCUGACCACCUCUGCGAUUUGCUGUCCUCCCUGAGGAUCUCCCCACUGCCCUUCCUCAUGUCCAGCAUGCAGAAGGAUGCCUUGAAGCUGGGCAUGGGAUCUGCCAUGGACCAGGACAGCCCUCUUCCCACGCCCUCGCACAAUGCUGGCCGCAGCAAUGCUCCGCUCAAGCGCUGGCCAGGGGCCUCCGUGUGGCCCGGUUUGGACCUCCAGGAGACGCCCAACGAUCCAUACAACAUCGAGAGGGAAGCUCAGCUCCACAGGCAGGCUGCUGCCGUGAAUGAAGCUACCUUCACAUGGAACGGACAACUGCCGUCCAGAACCAACAAGAAUCCCCUGUACUCCUGUAAGGUUUUUCUUGGCGGUGUUCCGUGGGACAUCACUGAAGCUGGGUUGAUAAACACGUUCAACGGUUAUGGUCCGCUCCAUGUCGAGUGGCCUGGGAAGGAUGGCAAACAUCCCAGAUGCCCUCCAAAAGGCUAUGUGUACCUGGUGUUUGAGUCUGAGAAGUCGGUGCGAGGGCUGCUGCAGGCCUGCACUCAGGACCUUCUCCACCCGGAAGAUCACAGCGAGUACUACUUCAAGAUGUCCAGCCGAAGGAUGCGCUGCAAAGACGUGCAGGUGAUUCCAUGGGCAAUCUCAGACAGCAAUUAUGUGCGCUGCCCCUCACAGCGCCUGGACCCUAGUAAGACAGUAUUUGUGGGCGCUCUUCACGGCAUGCUCAACGCUGAAGCACUGGCCAACAUCAUGAACGACCUGUUUGGAGGAGUGGUUUAUGCUGGGAUUGACACAGACAAGCACAAGUAUCCAAUAGGGUCUGGCCGCGUGACCUUCAAUAAUCAGCGCAGCUACCUUAAGGCAGUGGGUGCAGCAUUCGUGGAGAUAAAAACGCCCAAGUUUACGAAAAAGGUUCAGAUUGACCCAUAUCUGGAGGAUUCCAUGUGUCAUGUGUGCAAACGCCAGCCAGGACCAUUCUUCUGCAGAGACCAGGCCUGUUUCAGGUACUACUGCCGCUCCUGCUGGCGUUGGCAGCACUCCAUGGACGUCCUCAGCAGCCACCGGCCCCUGAUGCGCAACCAGAAGAACCGCGACUCCAGCUAAGCGGCAGCGGCGCGGCCACGGCUGACCCGAGCCACUGCCCCGCAGCGCCUCUCAGAGGAGCGGAGGAGGAAAGCGGAUUCACCCCACCCAGAAGCGACAC